CCCCAUCGGCUGCUAUCAGACGUGCAAGCGAAGUAGGUUUAGGUUAGGUACUAGCAACAACAACAACAACCCCACACGACAGGUGUUUUUUUUUUUACAUAAGAAGAAUUAGAAUUUUAGAACAUGUCCAUGUCAGUUCCGAUUCAUUCGUUAGAAGAGUUAAAAUCUUGGAAGAUCGCAACUUCUCAUGCGAAACUCGAGUUUCGUGAAAAAUGUUUUGCAGCUUGUGAAUCAGGUGGAAUUUUUCAGGACUGUCUUAUUAAAAAUGUUCCAAAAACUCUCGUCUGUCACGAUAUGAAGGGGGGUUAUCUUGAUGACAGUCUGAUUGACGGAUGUUCAAACCAGGAAGCAUAUAACUUCAUCCAAUGGAGUAUUAUUGACAUUUUUGUCUAUUUUAGCCACCACUUCAUUACAAUUCCACCACCUUGCUGGAUACAUGGAGCACAUGUUCAUGGAGUGCCUAUUUUAGGUACUAUAAUUACAGAAUGGGAUGAGGGGGCUGCUACCUGUAAGCAAAUCUUUUCUUCUAAAGAUUCAGUUGAUGACUUUGUUAGUUCUCUAACUCAAUUAACACUAUAUCAUAAUUUUGACGGUUGGCUUAUCAACAUUGAAAAUCCGUUGGAGGAAGUAUCAAUAGAUAAUGUGAUAUACUUUCUCCGUCGUCUGAAACAAGAACUCGUUUUUGCCGGAAAUUGCGGUAAAAUAAUCUGGUAUGAUAGUGUUACGAAAGAAGGAAAACUCGAUUGGCAGAAUGAACUAAAUGAAAAUAAUAAGUAUAAAUCAUGCCCAGAUUCUUCUUUUAUGACCAAUCAGAUUACUUUUCUUUUUGUGACUUCGCACAGGGAUUUUUUCGAUGCAUGCGAUGGUAUCUUCCUGAAUUAUGUAUGGAAGCCUGAAAAUUUAAAGAAUUCAGCCUUAAUGGCUGGAGACAGAAUCUUUGAUGUCUUUGUCGGUAUUGAUGUCUUCGGUCGUAAUUGCUUUGGUGGUGGAGGAUUCAAUACGAAUGCAGCCCUUUCAGUUGUAAGGCAGGAAAGGCUUUCUGCUGCUAUUUUUGCACCUGGCUGGGUGUACGAGUGUCACCCUGUUGAAGAAUUUGAAAAUUUGAGUUUUAAAUUCUGGUCUCUUUUAUUUCCCUACUUGAAUGUGCAUGGACCCACCUCGUUUCCGAUUCGGACCAGUUUCUGCCCUGGGUAUGGUAAAAGUAAAUACUUCGGCGGUCAGUUGGUGGAGGAUAAGCCUUGGCACAAUAUCUCUAAACAGCAAUUACAACCAUGCUUAGCUGUUGUUCGUGGGCUAUUUGAUUUUGAAACGGAAAGAUUAGGGAUUUUCAAGUGUGGAUCCGAAAUUUCUAUUUUUGGUAAACAGAAUCUUUGUCUUACGGAUGCAUUUAACGGCGGAGGAUGCCUGAAUAUUGAAAGUCCUUGCGCUGCAAUAUUUCCAUUAUUCUUUUGCCAUAUCCCUGUCAAAAAGCUAGUGACUAUUGCAAUUGUCUUCAAAGGGGAUAACAAGGAGGAGCUGUCUGUUAACCUAAAAUUUACACAAUUUAGGACUUCCCACACAACCAACGUUUCCUGCCCUCUUACUUCUCAGAUGAAACAGUUUCCUACAACUUUAAAUGGUGAUGGAUGUCACUGUUCAUUUACCAUUUCAUCGGUGAACAUUGAUUGUAGAUGCGACGAAGUGGUAGGGAAUCUGUUCCGUUCCAUGCCCAAUUCAUCCAGCUGGGAGACAAGGUUAUUUAAAAUUUCGGUGAGCGACCAAACCGAAGAUUGCAUAUUUUUGAGAAGUAUUGCGCUUGAAAGCCAAGGUGAAACAGAGUGCAAGAUCGGUUAUUUAUGUUGCUUUUAAAUAUUUUUUUAACACUGAUUGAAGAAGUUGAAUUCUGCCAGUCAAGCAGAGUAACACGUGGAAUAAUGUUCAGUCAGCAUUUAACGCUGAUUCUAUCAUAUAUAUAAAUAGUGCUGAAAUAAGGAAAUUAAUCAAUUAUUUUUAGAUUGCGAAGCGUUUAAUAAAUUUAAGAUAUAUGCA